UCUCUCGCCGGGACUCGGGACUCCCGGGAAGUGACUGGUAGAGGAGGGGGCAAGCUAGCUGUCGCUCCUAAGUCGGAGACCCGGGCGUAAGGCGGUCUCUCAGGGCUGGGUGGGCUGGCGAGCCGACGCGGCGGCGGGGGCUGUGAGGAGUGUGGGGGGCCGGGGCCGGCGCAGAGGGACUAUGGCCCCGCAGAACCUGGGCACCUUCUGCCUGUUGCUGCUGUACCUCAUCGGGACCGUGAUCGCCGGGCGAGACUUCUAUAAGAUCUUGGGGGUGCCUCGCAGUGCCUCUAUAAAGGAUAUUAAAAAGGCCUACAGGAAACUAGCCCUGCAGCUUCAUCCUGACCGGAAUCCUGAUGAUCCACGAGCACAGGAGAAAUUCCAGGAUCUGGGUGCUGCUUAUGAGGUUUUAUCGGAUAGUGAGAAACGGAAACAGUAUGAUACAUAUGGUGAAGAGGGCUUGAAAGAUGGGCAUCAGAGCUCCCAUGGAGACAUUUUCUCACACUUCUUUGGAGAUUUUGGUUUCAUGUUCGGAGGAACCCCUCGUCAGCAAGACAGAAAUAUUCCAAGAGGAAGUGAUAUUAUUGUAGAUCUAGAAGUCACUUUGGAAGAAGUGUAUGCAGGAAAUUUUGUAGAAGUGGUUAGAAACAAACCCGUGGCGAGGCAGGCCCCUGGCAAACGGAAGUGCAACUGCAGGCAGGAGAUGCGGACCACCCAGCUGGGCCCCGGGCGCUUCCAGAUGACCCAGGAGGUGGUCUGCGACGAGUGCCCGAAUGUCAAACUAGUGAAUGAAGAACGAACACUGGAGGUAGAAAUUGAACCUGGGGUGAGAGACGGCAUGGAGUACCCCUUUAUUGGAGAAGGUGAGCCUCAUGUGGAUGGAGAGCCAGGAGACCUGCGGUUCCGAAUCAAAGUUGUCAAGCACUCAAUAUUUGAAAGGCGAGGAGAUGACUUAUACACAAAUGUGACAAUCUCCCUCGUAGAGUCCCUGGUGGGCUUUGAUAUGGACAUUACUCACUUGGAUGGUCACAAGGUACAUAUUUCCCGCGAUAAGAUCACCAGACCCGGAGCCAAGCUAUGGAAGAAAGGGGAAGGGCUCCCCAACUUUGACAACAACAACAUCAAGGGCUCUUUGAUAAUCACUUUCGAUGUGGAUUUUCCAAAAGAACAGUUGUCAGAGGAAGCAAGAGAAGGUAUCAAACAGCUACUGAAACAAGGAUCAGUGCAGAAGGUUUACAAUGGACUGCAAGGAUAUUAAGAAUGAAUAAAAUUGGACUUUGUUUUAAAAUAAGCGAAUCAGCGAUAUUUAUUAUCUGCAGGGGUUUUUUGUGUGUGUGUAUUUUUGUUUUCAUUUUCAAUAUGCAAGUUCGGUUUAAUUUUUUUUCUUCUAAUGACCGUCAUGAAAUGUGUAAGCAGGCUUAAGAAUUUGUCCAUUUGUGUUGAGAAAAGAAUGACCAGCAAAAGGUUUAACAAUACCUCUCCCUUUGGGAUUUAUGUCUGGUGCUGCCGCCCGAGUUUCAAGAAUUAAAGCUGCAAGAGGACUCCAGAAGACACCGUACAAAGGGUUGGAGUUAACUGUUAGCUGUUUCAUUUGAAAUGCCAACUGGAGAAGUCUUUUUUUAAAUACAUUCUGUUGUUAAUUUUU